UUCGUGUAUGUUUUCAAGUCUUAUUAUCAGCAGAUAGCUAGCGGCGCACCUGAUCGCCGUUGGCUUGUCGAACGAUUUACCAUUGUCAGUUUGAACGUAUAAGCAUAGUGAGAAGUGUGUUAAAUAUAAGAGAUUUUGAACAAAUAGAAAAUUGUUCAUAUAAGUAUUAAAACUUAAUUUUAUGAUCCUAAAGAUUAUUCAAAAUAUAUAAUCAUGGCGACAACACAGUUGGAUAUUGGUUUACGAUGUAUCAAAUAUUUAUUAUGUGCAGUCAAUUCACUCUUCGUGCUUACCGGAGUGAUGAUCAUAUCUGUUGGUAUGACAAUAUACACUGUUUAUGAUGACUUUAGAGAUUUCUUGGACUCAUCUUAUGCAUCACCAGCAAUUCUUUUAGUUGUUGUUGGUGUUUUAACAUUUAUAAUUGCUUUCUUCGGAUGUUGUGGUGCAAUUAAGGAAAGCACUUGCAUGGUUUUAACCUUUGCAGUUAUGUUAUCAAUUGUAUUACUUCUCGAAACUGCUGCAGCGAUUUCAGCCUAUGCUUAUCGAGAUUACAUCCGAGAACUUGUUAUUGACAAAAUUCAAACUACUAUGUUAAUGUAUAAAACUUCUCCAGAAGCUGCUAGAGCAGUUGAUCUUAUGCAAUCCCGACUUCAAUGUUGUGGAUGUUUUGACAAGAGUGAAUGGAUACAGAUCGGAUUUACACAAAUGGAUAAUCUUUAUCCAGACUCAUGUUAUGCAUCAACUUUCAAUCCUAGCGGCAUGAGUGACUACUUAUUUGUAUAUAACCGAGGAUGUUGGGAAAGGUUUUCGAUGAUAAUAAAUCAAAGUGUCAUUAGCCUUGGAACUGGAGCAAUUGCUAUUGCGCUUAUACAAUUCACUGGUAUUAUGUUUGCUGUAACGUUGGGCAAAGCAAUUCGUAGACAAAAAACAGAAAGAGAAAAGCGUCGUUGGGAAUUUAGAGAAAGCCUUGUAAAUGGUUACAAACCAUUAGAAAAAACAGAUCCUUCUGUAACAUUUCCUGUGGUUUAUAUGCAGUCCGAACCAACUAAGAUGUCGAGUGUAAAUUAAGUUAUUGUUAGUAUUUUUAUUGAUUAAAAAAUUAAUUUUAUCUUAUGACAGGAAAUAUCAUAUGAUCACAGAACAGCUGAGUAAUUGUGGGAUGAUAAUACAGAGUAAACAUAUUAUAUUUCCUUGUAUAUAUUUUAUAUGUACAAUAACAAUAAAAAAUAUCUAUAUUUAAAUAA